GAACGCAGCAUAAAUAUGGCAGCAUUUUCCAACCCUAACCUAUAAAAUAUGACACGUAAUUUAGCUAAGUUAAUGUAAUUUCCUUUUUACAAAAUUUUGAAUUUAACAAUAAAUUACCAUGUAUAGAAGGAACUAUGUGAUUUUAGUGUUUCUUCUGUUUAUUUUUCAUAUAAAAUUAACAAAAAGUCAUGGUCAUUCUCACGGAUCGCAGCAACAUGAACAUGACGAUUUUGAAUCAAAUCCAGCCUUUAAGUACUCGAAAGCUGCGAAUGAAAUCAAUUUAAAAAGAGGCAGCGAAGAAGAAAAUUCAAGCAAAUCUCCGCAAAAUAAACACAACACACAAAGAGCAGAUAGUGAUCAGUUAUGGCUAUAUGCUAUGGGUUCCACACUUUUAAUAAGCGCUGCUCCAUUUUUUAUUUUGUUUCUCCUACCAAUUGAUAGGAGUGAUAAAGAGCAGCCAAAAUUAAAAAUUUUGUUGGCUUUUGCUUCAGGCGGUUUGCUGGGUGACGCAUUUCUUCAUUUAAUUCCUCACUCUACCAUGGCUAAUGAAAACAAGGAAGUUUCUCAUACUCACAGCCACAGUCACAGUCAUGAAGACGGGGGUCAUGUCCAUGACAUGUCUGUGGGGUUAUGGGUGCUAGCAGGUAUUGUCGUGUUCCUUCUAGUUGAAAAAUUUGUAAGGAUAAUGAAGGGAUCUCAUAGCCAUUCUCACGUACAGCCUAACAAAAAUAAUCAAAAGUCCACUAGCGAUAAGAGUGUUAUAGCAGAAAAUCAGUCUCAGGAAAUUAAAGUGGCGGGCUAUUUAAAUUUAGCUGCUGACUUUAGUCAUAAUUUUACCGAUGGACUAGCUAUUGGGUCUUCCUAUUUAGCUGGUAGAACUGUUGGUGUUGUAACCACAAUAACAAUAUUAUUGCACGAAGUGCCACAUGAGAUAGGAGACUUUGCUAUUUUGUUACAGUCAGGUGUUUCAAGAAGAAAUGCUAUGUUGUUGCAACUGACUACUGCGCUAGGAGCUGUCGCAGGAACAGGAAUAUCUUUGUUUGCCCAAGAUGCCACGGGAGCUUUGGCAGUGACAUGGAUACUGCCAUUCACUGCAGGAGGUUUCAUUUAUAUAGCUCUAGUGUCCGUUAUUCCUGAAUUGUUAGAUGAGGAAAAACCCACUGUUUUACAGACAAUGCUUCAAAUUGGUGCAAUGCUUAUAGGUGUUGGUAUGAUGGUAAUCGUUGCAGAAUUUGAAUAGUUAAUGAGCUUAGAAUUAAAGAUUAGUUUUUCUGGGACUAAAUAUGAAAAACAUCUCUCUAAAACUGAUUUGGGGUACUUAGUAAGCAAACACAUUAUUUUUAUAUUUAUUUUUCAAAAAUUACAUAUUUACAUACAUUUAAUUUAAUUUGUACAACCUGUCAUACUAUCAAAUAGAGUUUACAUUCC